AGAUCCACAUUCAUCCCACCGCAUCUACUCCCGCCGUCUCCUCCUGACACCACCGAUUACUCCAAGCUCGAUCACAACGCGCGAUACGCCGUCCUACGCGCUUCUCCGCUCGUAUGCAUCAACCAAUCACUGGUCGAUGCGUUCGCCCUCAUCAAGAAGAGCCGCGAACUCGAGGGCGAGGAGCGCAGCGCGUUGAGCUACGCAAGGGCUAUCGCCGUGCUAAAAGCAUACCCAUACAAAAUCAAGACCAAGUCGCAAGUCGCCAAGCUACCCUUCGUUGGGUCCAAGAUAUUGGGUAUGAUCGAUGAGUUCCUGAAGACCGGGUCGAUCUCUGAAUCCGAAAAGAUCAAGGCCGAUGAGCGCUUCCAGUCACUGUCUGCCUUCUCGUCCGUAUACGGUAUCGGACCCAACACCGCGCGCGGCCUGUAUGCGCGCGGGUUGCGUACCUUGGAGCAUCUCGAGCGAUACUACGAGGUGUGGGAGGACCCUCAGGUCGCCGCUACGUCCCAACGAGACGCAAAAACAGACGACGACGUGAAGGAUGUGAAGCCGGUGGUGAUCGAGGAGGCGGAUGUCAGAGGCGAGGGCGGGACGACUUUGAUCCGGGCCGCGCUAGGGUAUCGCGAGGAUUUGGCGAUCAAGAUACCGAGAGACGAGGUGGAAGAGAUCGGUCGGCUGAUGGCGGCCGAGUUGGAGGAGGUCGAGAAGGGGUGCGUGUCGAUAAUCGUUGGCGGAUACCGGCGAGGCAAGCCGGAGAGCAAUGACGUCGACAUCGUAUUCACCCAUCCGGACAAGGAAAAGGAAAAGGGCCUUUGCAAGAAGCUCGUCAAGAGGCUGAUUGAACGCGGUCUCGUCACGCAUGUUAUUCACCAAUCCUCAUUCCGGGAACACAACGCCCUCCGCACGCACCACUGGGACUCCCUGGAGAAGGCACUCACCGUCUUCGUUCACCCUCCGGGCUCCUCCUACGCGCGCGCGCAUGUCGAUAAGCACGGACACAGGCUGCGACGCCGGAUAGACCUCAUCUUCGCGCAACCGGAGAUAUACUGGACCGCAGUGGUGGGGUGGACGGGUUCGACGGUCUUCGAGCGCGACCUCAGGUUGUGGGCGAAGAACGAAAAGCGAGUUACUUGUGGCAUUUUCGAUGCGACCAGAUCUCUAACACGCACUAGAAGGAGGGAUUCGAAGAUGAUGUACGCUCAGACGGAGAAGGAGGUGUUCGAUAUCAUGGGUCUUCCGUGGAUUGACCCCACCCUUAGGAACGCCGACGCGUGAAGGCGGAUUUGAGUUGUUAAUGUAGCGCUAGGACACUGACGAGGAAUUUCCUGUACAUCGUUGAAAAUAUUUUGUAUCCGUAGCCUUGUAUCAGCUAGCUCGUUUGCC